CAGGCGAUGCCGCAUAGCACCCUUCAGGGGUCCUGAACAGCACACGUGUUUGUGAGCGUGCCCAGCUGAGACCAUGGCGGACCUGCAGAUGAAACUUCUUCGGAGGAAAAUCCAGAAAAGAAACGAGAAGAACAAGGAGCGCAAAAAGCUGAGCGAGCAGAGAGAGGAGGACGAGCCCGUACAACCAAACGGGCUGGUGGAGGAGAGUUGUGGGGACAGUGAAGCCACAGUGAGGCCGGACAUUAAGGCCAAGAAGAAGAAGAAGCAGCAGCAGAAGGAUGUGCCAGUGCAAGAGGCCACCAUUGAAGAAACUCCACUGAAGAAGAAGAAAAAGAAAAGGAAGCUCGCUAACCCGGCCGAAUCACAAGGAGGAAAGAAGGCCAAAACCGAGGAGGAGGAGGAGGAAGAGGAGGAGGAGGAGGAAACAGGACAAAAGGUGACAGAUGAGAAUGGAGAUGACGCUGACAAUCCAGAGGAAGGCACUGAUGAAGAGGAGGGGAGUGAGGGAGACGAGGAUGAUGAGAUGGAGGCGGAUGAAGGUGAUGAGGAGGAAACUGGCGAGGGGGAUAAUGAAGAGGAGGACGUACCUGAGCUGCCAAGCGGCUUGACAGGAGCAUUUGAGGACACGUCGUUUGCCUCUCUAGCUGAGCUGGUGAGUGAGAACACGCUGAAGGGAGUGAAGGACAUGGGCUUCGAACACAUGACUGAGAUCCAGCACAAAAGUAUCCGUCCCCUGUUGGAGGGGAGAGAUGUUCUGGCCGCUGCUAAGACAGGCAGUGGGAAAACCUUGGCCUUCUUGAUCCCCUCCAUAGAGCUCAUCUAUAAACUCAAGUUCAUGCCCAGGAAUGGAACGGGUGUAGUGAUCCUUUCUCCCACACGUGAGUUGGCAAUGCAGACUUACGGUGUGUUGAAAGAACUGAUGACACACCAUGUGCACACCUAUGGCCUGAUCAUGGGAGGCAGCAACCGCUCAGCCGAGGCCCAGAAGCUGGCCAACGGUGUCAACAUCCUGGUGGCUACACCAGGCCGACUGCUGGACCACCUACAGAACACCCCUGGGUUCAUGUUCAAGAACUUGCAGUGUCUGAUCAUUGAUGAGGCUGACCGCAUCUUAGAGGUGGGCUUUGAAGAGGAACUCAAGCAGAUUAUCAAGCUGCUGCCAAAGAGGAGACAGACCAUGCUGUUUUCAGCCACUCAGACCCGUAAGGUGGAGGACUUGGCUCGAAUCUCCCUGAAGAAGGAGCCACUUUAUGUUGGGGUGGACGACAACAAAGAAAUGGCCACUGUUGAUGGCCUGGAACAGGGCUAUGUGGUGUGCCCAUCAGAGAAGCGCUUCCUGUUGCUCUUCACCUUCCUGAAGAAGAACCGCAAGAAGAAGCUGAUGGUCUUCUUCUCCUCCUGCAUGUCGGUCAAAUACCACUAUGAGCUACUCAACUACAUCGACCUGCCUGUCAUGGCCAUCCAUGGCAAGCAGAAACAGACCAAACGUACCACCACCUUCUUCCAGUUUUGCAACGCUGACUCAGGCAUCCUGUUGUGCACAGAUGUGGCGGCCCGAGGACUGGACAUCCCUGAGGUGGACUGGAUCGUCCAGUACGACCCCCCAGAUGACCCCAAGGAGUACAUCCACAGAGUGGGCAGAACGGCACGAGGCAUCAACGGUCGAGGCCAUGCCCUCCUGAUCCUCCGGCCUGAAGAGCUUGGUUUCUUACGCUUCCUCAAACAGGCGAAGGUCCCAUUGAGUGAAUUUGAAUUCUCCUGGAGUAAAAUCUCUGAUAUCCAGUCCCAGCUGGAGAAGCUGAUUGAAAAGAACUAUUACCUCCACAAAUCAGCCCAGGAGGCCUAUAAGUCCUAUGUGAGGGCUUACGACUCACACUCGUUAAAACAGAUCUACAGCGUCAACACCCUCAACCUCCCAAUGGUGGCGCUGUCCUUUGGCUUCAAGGUUCCCCCUUACGUCGAUCUCAAUGUCCACAGCAGUAAAGGAGUGAAGUUGCAGAAGCGAGGCGGAGGUGGAGGCUUUGGCUACCAGAAAUCCAAGAACGUCCACAAGUCCAAGAUCUUCAAACACGUCAACAAGGGCAAGAGUGACAAGAGGCAGUUCUCUCGCUAACCCUGCCCUUCUCCAAGCUAACCGAUCUUAGCUUCCUGGACUGUUUCUCCUGCGUGUGUUCAUGCCAUGUGGAGAACAGCCCAUUUUUGAUUACAUGAACUUAAGGGUGUAAAUAAGGAGCUGUGGGGUUCAUAGAGUAUAUUUCUGUGAUUUGACCAUUUCCUUCGAGGCCCAGAUUUACUCCUGUGAGUUAUUUAACAGGUAUUUUGUACAUGUAUAAAUUUUCCUGUGGGCUGACUGUUGAUGAUGGCCCCUGCAUUCCUCUGAUGUGCUAUCAUGAACUGUUUGACUAGAUGAAUUGUAGGCCUACACUUUGUUAAUUUGUUGCACCAGCCUGGAAUAUUAAAUAUUUACUUCCUACUUAAAUCCAC